AUGCUUGUCAAGUCCGCGUCCAGAAUCCGUAAGCGACACUCCUACUUCCACAAAUCCGUGGCCAAAGGUCUUCUCAAGCGUGCCAGAACAACUCUGAGAUCUAGAUUCAAGAAGGCCAAGCUUGCCCAACAUUCCGAAACGAUCGAGAAAGAUGCCAGUACUGAUCGACUUCUCCAUAUCCCCAAUAAUGAUCUGUUCCAAGGAGCACCCACCAUGUUGGAAGUUACCAAUACCGCUCCGGCCCCUUCCCCACCACGGCCGAUAGGGCUGACAGUGAGAUAUAUCAUUCGGAGUCGGAAGAAUUGCCCUUCCUCGACUAAUAAAUCGUCCGAUGCUGCAGGCUUGAAGCCAACACGGCCGUCUAGAAGACUCAGUGAGAUCUCCGCAUCCUCACUCGCACAGCCUUCGGUGUAUUUCGCACCAUUUUCGCAGCUUCGUUGUCAACGGCUAGACGAACAACAUCUUGCUGCGCUCGCAACACCUCCAGCGCUGUUUGAUAACGAUCAGAGCGAUCACCUUGACAUUCAGCACAAACUUCCCUCUACAGAAACACAGUCAGAGCGUGCGGCGACCCUUGGAGAAGCAAUCUGUCGCACAAGCCAAGGUUCACUUUCCGAGGAGGCGAAUACUCAAAUUCUCGACUCUUCGCUGACCGGACCAGAUCCGUCCAGCCAAUUUCGGUCUCCCCUCGUGUCCUCCCGGCAUCUUGCUUCUGGAGCCUCAAGCAAGGACACGUUCGGUCUGCGGGGAAAGCCGAAAAACCCAAAACUUGGUACGACAAGUGUCCUAUUCGGUGGGCGGGAGUCUCUCAGUGACCCUUUUAUAGAGUCAAAGCCAGAGAAGGAGUGUCUAGAAUCGACACUCCCUAUAAGCGUCGACCAUUCGAAAACGCAGGUGCAGAGUGUCACAAUUGCGGACGCAACCUCUGUUACCGAAAACAAGACUCCGAAGUCCCCAGCACGUUGGUCCGAUGAUUACGACCAAUUCUCAUCAGACGGCCAGAAUCAUCGCUUGACUCAAGUGGCGUCAGGUCAAUACGAGCUGCUUGGCAGAGGAUAUCACCUGAAGCCACCACCAGUGCUCGACGUCCGCAUCCCGCGCAUCCGCAAACUGGUUCCAGAUGACUCGUCUGACGAACACGAAUUUACAGGGCCACAGCCAGAGCAUUUCAUUCGACAGCAACAGUGGUUUCCACAGGAACAGGUUCUUCCCCAAGCCAUUCCAGUAACUAUGCUAUUGGCUACUGCAAUUGAGAACGCUCAGUCGGCCAUGAACAAUUCGACUCAGCAGCUGAACAAUCUGGUCUGCCAGGCUCAGACACAUUUCUGGAAUGCUGGAGUAUUUGCAGGGAGAGUUGCGUCUCGGGAUCAGGAACUAGCAACAGCUCUGUGGGAUGCCCAGCAGAAAGAUGCAGAGAUUGUACGACUACGGAUUCUCCUUAGCACAAGAGAGGCGGAGAUCGAAACAUUACGGGCUCGAAACCUACGGGGUGAGCAUCCAGCACAAUAUGACCAUGAUUCCGAUGACGAGUCUGAGACAUCUGACCUAUACGGCGGAAGUGACUAUCACGCAGAUAUUGAGGACGCCGACGGUGAAGCCACCAAUGACAUCGUCGAGACUGUGUCGCUCCAGGAGUGUCAAGGUGCUGACAACGCCCAACAACCUGAUUCAGAAGAUGAAGACGAGGUUUUGUUGAGCCCAGCUACGGAUACUCGUCGAUACCGCCUUGGCCUCCUGGAGACGGCUUCGGACAGUGCCGUGCUUGACCUCCGCGACGCUCCCAGAUUUCCAGGUCACGUCCACCAACAAUCAUCUUAA